AUGACGCCCGGGCGGAAGCGUGACUAUUCCCCCGUCCCUUGGAGCCAGUACUUCGAGUCGAUGGAAGACGUGGAGGUGGAGAGCGACUCCGGCAAAGAUACUUUUCGAAUUUACAAGAGCGGCUCCGAAGGACCAGUCCUGCUCCUGCUGCACGGUGGCGGCCAUUCCGCUCUUUCCUGGGCCGUGUUCACGGCUGCCAUCAUUAACCGGAUUCAGUGCCGGAUCGUGGCCCUGGAUCUGAGGGGACAUGGCGAGACGAAAGUUAGGAAUCCGGAAGACCUGUCUGCAGAAACCAUGUCCAGGUAUGUCACGCC